CAACCCAUACAAAGUUACGCGGCCGCCUCGUCGGGGCGCGCGCUGCCCGUCCGCCUCGGAGAGGGCCCCACGCCCCUCGCGGGCGCGCGCGCCGCGGCGCCGCGCCGCCUGCUUCCGGCGCGGCCGGAUGGCCCCCCCAUAGUGCCCGUCGUCGCAGGGCGGCCCGGGCAGGCCGCAGGCGAUGGCGGAGCUGCGGACCACCCUCGCCCUCGAAGAGGAAGAGGAGGAUGAGCCGGAGUACGUUCAGUUCAAGGUCAUCUUGCUCGGCGACGGGGCCGUCGGGAAGACCUCUCUUGCGAUGAGAUUCUGCCAGGACCACUUCGCCAAGCAAUACAAGCAGACCAUCGGGGUGGACUUUUUCGUCAAGCGCGUCACCCUGCGGCAGGAGACGGGGGACGUCAACGUUUGCAUGCAGAUCUGGGACAUCGGAGGCCAGUCCAUCGGCGGCAAGAUGGUGACCAGCUACAUAUUUGGCUCUCACGCGGUCGUCCUUUGCUACGACAUCACCAACUACCAGAGCUUCCAGCACUUAGAGGACUGGUACUCUCUCGUCAGGCGGACCUUCGCGGGGGCGCAGAUGCCGUACGUCGCGCUGAUGGCCAACAAGCAGGACCUGUCGCACAUCCGCGCCGUGAAGCCGGAGAAGCACAGCCAGUUUGCUGACGAGAACGAUCUCUACAGCUACCUUGUCUCUGCGAGGACCGGCGAGAACGUCAGCCCCUCCUUCUACCGCAUCGCCGCGGACCUCGCGGGCGUGACCCUCUCGCGCCCCGAGCUGGAGGUCACGCAGAACCCCUGCAAGGCCGAGAUCAUCAAUCACCAGACGACACGACGAGGCCCACCCCGCGAUCAACGCCGCGGACAUUCACAAGUCGGGCAGGAGCUGCGCCGUCAUGUGAUCCGGAGCGCCCUGCGGGCCCCCUGCUGCCUCCCCUCCUCCCCCAUCCCGGACCCGGCUCCUUCGUGCUGACCCCUCCCCUUCUUUCCCCUGUUGGGCGGCGCGAGGCUGCGGCGCGAGCGCGCCCUGCGCGCCGAACGCGUCGCGAGGAGGGCGUGCAGCGGCCGCGCGCUCGCGCGCGCGCGCGCCCGCCUGGAAGCGAGGCCCCCCCCUCUUCGACGCCUCGGUGCUCCAUAGCCGCCCGGCCGGGAGUUGGAGCAAGGUGGU